AUGGAAAGCCUACAUCUCGAUCCGCCGGCGACCGACCAUCAGAAUGAACCAAAAGACCCUUAUUGCAUCGCCUACAUCAUCCACUUUCUACUCGGCGCCGGCUAUCUCAUUCCAUGGAACUCCUUCAUCACCGCCGUCGAUUACUUCCAGUUUCUUUAUCCGGCAAAGCACGUCUCCAAGGUAUUCUCGGUGGCUUAUAUGCUGGCCUCCAUGACAGUUCUUUCUAUUCUCGCGUGGUGCUCUAGCUCCGGCAAGAGAAAGCUGCCGGAAUUUAGAGUGAGGAUGAACUUGGGUUAUGCUUUGUUUGUUUUAGCUCUCGUCGUAACACAAGUCAUUGAUUGGGUUGAUCACCGGAACGAGAUAAGAGGAGGUUCGAAUGCCGGUUUUGCGGUUCUGGUUUCGAUGCUGGUUCUAACCGGUUGUGCCGAAGGGUUAACCGGUGGAAGCUUGGUCGGCGCCACCGGAAAACUUCCCGGACGGUACAUGCAGGCUGUUGUUGCCGGAAAUGCUUCUGCCGGUGUUUUGGUAUGCAUCUUGAGGAUCAUAACAAAAGCAUCACUUCCACAUUCAAGAGGAGGUCUACGAACCAGCACCCACAUCUAUUUCUUCACCAGCAUACUCAUCGAACUCCUUUGCAUCCUCUGCUGCAACCUCCUCCACAAACUACCAGCCAUCCGCCGUUACACCGCCCGUCCAUCCCACUCCCACCUCGACAACCAACCGAAACACAACUCCGACGACCACCACCGACCAAAAACGCUUUCAGUCUUGAAGAAACUCCAAUGGCUACUUAUGUCCGUGGUCACAAUCUACGUCGUGACACUAUCGAUCUUCCCAGGAUACUUGAGCGAGAACGUGAAAUCGACGCAAUUUGGCGACUGGUAUCCUUUGUUCUUGAUAACCAUUUACAAUGCCGGAGAUUUUUCAGGCAAGUGUGUGACUGCGGUUUAUGUGGUUAAGAGGAAACGAUGGGUGAUAUGGGGGUGUAUGAUGAGGGUGUUGUUCUAUCUGCUCUUUUUCGGUUGCGUUUUUGGACCGAAAUGGUUUCGAAACGAGGUUGUGGUGGUAGUUUUAACGUUGUUGUUGGGUGUUAGCAACGGGUAUCUGACGAGCGUGCUUAUGAUCGUUGGACCUAAAUCCGUGGAAGUUGAGGAAUCGCAUGUCGCUGGCAUCGCCAUGAGUUUGUUUUUGGGAAUCGGGUUAGUGAUUGGGUCGGGUUUAGGUUGGUUAUGGGACCUUUGA